UUUGCCGGCCGCGCGAGCGCAGUGUACCGUCGCGCUUCAUGCGUCUCGCUCGCUCUUACAAUGUAUUUUCAACUACACGUGUUCCAACAAGCCAGUGCAUCGUCACCGUGUUAAGUUUCGCCAUGUGAAAAUAUUUUGCGUGUACAAAAAUCAUAAUUGAAGAUGUUGAGUCAACCGCGAUGGCUGAUGCUGGUGGUAGCAGCGCUGCUGACGCUGCAGUCGAAGGGUGACGGUGGCAUCAGACUCCCUGACCAGCCGCCCAAAGAACAAACUGACGGACGGUCUUUAAACUUCGGAGGGGAUCCUGGACGAUCGCCGCAAGCUCAAGGUCGCGGUCUCCUGGACUGGUUGGGUCUGGGCGAAGACCAGGACCCUUACAUCCAGCAGGCCACGCAGCAGUGCAUCAAUGGAGACCUGGCUGACUGCUUCAAGGCCCAAGCUCUACGGUCUUUUGACGACUUCUUUGAUAAACAAGCUUACCAGUUAUCAGAAAACGCAGUUCUAGUAAAGGUGGACUCACAAGCCCGUGCGUUGUCCCGUGAGCCUCCCCAGCUGGACUCGCAGCCACGCAGCGAGGACUCGGACUGGGAGGCACUCGUCAAGUACGGCAUGAGAAAAAUUGAGAGAUUUUUGAGGUCAACAGCUUUGGAGAUGCAGCUGGAUGACGAGGUGACUUCCCGAGGUGUCAUCGCUCCUCGCUUCAUUGAACAAAUUGCUGAUGAAGUGGAUAUCAUUGAGGACAAGAAAGCACCUUUCCGUCAACACAAGCUGAAGAAGUUGAUCAUCCCCAUGCUGCUGAUCCUCAAGCUGUUCAAGCUGAAGCUGCUGCUGUUCCUGCCGCUCAUCCUCGGGCUCGCCAGCUUCAAGAAGUUCCUCGGGUUCAUGGCUCUUAUCAUUCCUGGUGUGAUCGGUUACUUCAAGUUCUGCAAGCCCAAUUCCUCACCGUUCUCGUCCAGCCACUUCUCUGGACCUCACUACAGCCCGGCUGGUAUCGGUCUUGGCCCGUACAGGGAGUCUCCGCCCCAGUCUCAUUACGCGUCUCACUAUGAGAGCUAUCCAGGUGGCCACAAAUACGGAUCUGGUGGUGGAAUUUCCUUCAGGGAACACGAUGUCAGUCCCCAAGACCUGGCCUACCAAGGUUGGGAGUACAGAAACAAGCAAGGCGCUGAAGACAUCAAGGCUGAACCAGCUUAAGACUGAUCUCCUGGUGUAAGCUUUAUAUUAGAUCAUAAGUAUUUAAUACCGUUUUCAAAGAAAUACAAUGAUUACUUAAACUAUUCCUUAGUAAGGAUUUUAAAGACAUUUAAUGAUUACUUAAACUAGUUGCUUAGUAAGAAUUGUAUUCUGAAAAUAAUUGCUAAGGACUGAGUUAAGUAACUGUACGUUAGGCGCUCUGAUUGGCUGGUUCGAUAAACCAACCAAUCAGAACGCCGAACUGAAUCUAAAUACGACGGUUAUUAGUCAGAGAAGUAUUUGAGUUAGUUACUAUUAUCAUCAUUAAGUCCUUUCCGUCCAAAGCAGGACUUAGGGUUCUUCAUUAUAUGGAUAGAUGCUCUAUUUCUAUAAUAAAUCUCAUCAAAUUCCAUUCAGUAGUUUUAGCUUGAACAUUAAACAAACAUAAUUAUUUAUAAAGUCAUCACUCAAUUUCUAUUUUGAGGACUGAUAUAUUGGAAUGAAAUUAAAUAUAAUAUCUUAAAAUAUACUUUAAUCUUCAAAGACAAAGUCAAAGUCAAAAUUAUUUACUUCAUAUAGAUCGGGAAGACACUUUUGAAUGUCAAAGCAAAUAAUUAUAUGAAUAUUAAAAAAUAUGUCUGUCUGUCGUUCAGUCCUCUAAUGAAGCUGUAAUCUUAUUGGAGAAUCAUUUCAAGUACGUUGAAUUAAAUUUUCUAUAUUUAAGAAGAUGUUCAAAUUAAAGAUGUUUUCGCAUCUGUGUUACAAAAUCCAAGGAGAUAUUCAAUUGAGUCAAAUAAUUAAAAAAACUAUUUUUUACUGAGUGCAAUGACAAAAUAUCUCAGUAGUAGCACGGAGUCUGGAAUUGUGCCCAGUAUAUGGCAAUAGGCUCACCCCCUAUUACAUGAGACUUACCAAGUUAUAACACAAAUGGUGAAAUGUGGGUGUACAUAGUACAGCGGUAUUACGACCCGUAAUGUGUACCUCUGCCUACCCCUUCGAGGGUAAAAGGCGUGACGUAGCUAUGCUAUGUAGAAUCAUUAAUUAUUCAAGAUUAAUGUGCAUUCUAUGCUCGACAGAUACAGGGCAAAUGGUAAUCCCAAAACAAUUUAUGGUCAUGUUCCACAAACUAAACUAGUUGGAACAUUAACAGCAGAAUGGGAUGUAUCAACACCAAUACUGGCUUACAAAGACACUAACAAGUAAUACAUAAAGUCAAAGCAUUUAUUUCAAUUAAUCCUACAUAAAGCACUUUUGAAACGUCAAAUUGAAUUGUCCGUCAGUCUGUCUGUCAGUGAAGCUAGGCGCUCGUUCCAAAGUGUUGCUUAAAAUAAUUAUAGUAUAUAAGUCCCAUGUAAUAGGGGGUGAGCCUAUUGCCAUAUACCGGGCACAUUUCCAGACUCCGUGCUACUAUUGAGAAAUUUUCGAAAUUCCGAAAGAUGCCCAGUAAUAAUUUACCCGACCCGGGAAUCGAACCCGUGACCUCUUGUCCGGCAGUCGCACUGGCCAAUCACUCGAUUAAUGAAGCAGUUAUGUUUUUUCUACAAUAACAGUCUAUGUACAAAACUAUAUUACACUCACUCUUGUUUCUUCUUGUGUAGCGGGUUCGAUUCCCGCUCGGAGCAACUUUUUGUGUGAUCCACAAAUUGUUGUUUCGGGUCUGGGUGUCAUGUGUAUGUGAACUUGUAUGUUUGUAAACGCACCCACGACACAGGAGAAAAUCCUAGUGUGGGACAAAGUUUUUUUUUUAAAUAAUCCGACUAUAGAUAUUAGUCAAAGGUGUGCCAAUAUUGAUACAAUAGUUUUUAAUACUUUAAAUGUUUAAUUUAUUUACAUUUAAUUUAAUUUAUGAAAACGAUCAAUAUUGGUGUUGACAUUAUUAUACAUAAUUAAUUAAACGAUAGUUAUUGUUAAUUUUAAACAAAUAAUGUUUGUUUUCCACGAAAACUAAUUCGUGUUUUCUAUGUAAAUUUUAUGAAAUGAUAGUAUCUAUCUUUCCAUGUUUAUGUCGAAAUUGACAUUUUAAGCUUACGGUUGUAAUAGUUAUAAUAAUUAAUUGUUAAUUAAUUUAAUAAUAAUUAUUCAAGUUUGUUAGUGUGUACCUAAGUAUGUAUGUAAAUUAUUUUAUUUUUUUGAUUAAUUUGUGAAUACAGUAAGUUUUUAUAUAA